AUGGAAAGACUGAAGGUGUUGCCUAAGAAAGUGUUGCCGAUUAUCACCUGGCUUCCAAAGUACAAUGUCCAGUUUGCUAUCAGAGAUCUCAUCGCUGGACUAACAGUCGGCCUUACAGUCAUUCCACAAGGAUUGGCUUAUGCUAACUUGGCGAGUUUACCUGCGCAGUAUGGACUGUAUUCUUCGUUUAUGGGAGUUUUUGUUUACUGUCUCCUGGGAACAUCGAAAGAUAUCACGCUCGGGCCGACAGCAAUCAUGUCAAUGCUCGUGGCUCAAUUCUGCAGUCGCCCAGACAGCUGGCCGACCGAGUAUCCCGCUGCUAUCAGUCAAUCCGACCCUGCUUUGGCGAUAAAUCUGACGAUGCUUUCUGGACUUAUUCUCCUCGUUCUCGGCAUUCUCGACCUCGGAUUCAUCGUAAACUUCAUUUCUCACGCUGUUAUUGUCGGUUUCGUCUCAGCUGCUUCUAUUCUCAUUUCCUUUUCCCAAGUGAAAAAGCUGUUCGGAAUCAAGCUCCAUCACCGUGAAUUUUUCAAAGCGCUGCCAGAACUAGUCUCGGAAAUAUUCAAAGGACACAUCAACUGGUACGAUUUUGCGAUGGGCAUUAUCUGCAUCGCGCUUCUCAAGGGGCUUCAAAUUCUCAAGCAAAAGAAGGAGAACGACGAAUCACUUUCACCAGUCGUUCGAAAAGUGAUUUGGCUGAUCGGAACUGCUCGAAACGCAUUUGUUGUGAUAGGAGCCGCUUUGGUCGCAUUUGCACUAGAAAAGGACAAUAUCGACUUCUGGAAAGACGGUUGCAAAUCAGGAACCGCCAACUGCACCAGCCUGACUCUCACAAAACUCGAAGACGCCUCCCUUCCUCCCUUCAAAGUCCCGAUGCUUUCGUACAGCUACGAGUUUUUGAACGAAACGACGCAAGAACCAGAAGAGUUUCAUGUUGGACCAAUGAUGAUCAUUUCCAAAUUGUCCAUCGGAUUGUUCAUCAUCCCGUUGAUGGCGUAUUUGGAAUCGAUUGCGAUUGCCAAAGGGUUUGCGAUCAAGAAUGGAUACAAAGUAGACCCGACUCAAGAGCUUCUUGCUAUUGGCCUCUCAAACUCAAUCUCCGCCUGUGUAUCCUCCUACCCCGUCACUGGUUCAUUCUCCCGCUCAGCUGUUAACAGUCAAAGCAACGUCGCCACCCCUGCAGGAGGAAUCGUAUGUGGCGCACUCGUCCUUCUUGCGCUUCUGUUCCUGACUCCAAUUUUUGUUUACAUUCCAGCCGCUUGUUUAGGAGCAGUCAUCAUUCUCGCCGCCAUUUCCAUGUUCGACGAUGCCGGAAUCAAGCAUACUUGGAAGCUGUAUCGACUGGACAUGAUCCCACUUGUCGUCUGCUUCGUCGUUUGCUUCCAAGACAUUGCUCAUGGCAUCAUCGCUGGCAUCAUUUGUCACGUGUUGAUCUUGCUCUACAAGACGUCAAAGCCUUCGGAUGGAGCAUCAGAAUCAGAGGGACACAUUCAAAUGGCCCCUGCUCAGGGUCUUUACUACCCAGCAGCAGAAAUGCUUGCUGAAAGAAUCGAAUCCGCCGUCCAAGACGGCAAAAACAUCACCCUCGAUCUUGGAAAAGUCGCUGAAAUCGACUCCGCUACUUCGGACGCCUUCAAGAAUGCCUUGAAUUUCGCCAAGAAAGAAAGCCUCUCUGCUGUGGUUAUUAAUGCCAAUAGCCAAGUCGAGCAAAUCCUCCGCGACAACGGCGCAGGUGAUUUUAUCGCCGAAGAAAAAUCAUCUGGCGAAGACGAAAAAGACGCUUUCCUCGAGAAAGUAUGA